UUUCUCUCGCUCACCUCCAAGCGGGCUCCCUACUCCUCCGACGUUAAGCUUCUUUUUAUCCAGUCACGGCGGGUUAAGAGAAAGAGAGAGAGAGAAAAAAAAAAAAAAAGGCGUAGGAAACCUUGAGCACUUUGAGCUACGAUGUAGUGGAGUCUGGAGCCCCUCUGGAAAUUUUGCAAUAUGAAGAAUGGAAGCAGACGACGUUACUAUCAGGGAGCAGAAUUUCCACAGUCAAGUCCGAGAGUACAUUAUAUGCUUCCUCCUGUUUGCGGUACUUUACAUUGUCUCCUACGUCAUCAUCACCCGAUACAGAAGGAAGACGGAUGACCACGAGGACGAAGAUGCUGUUGUCAACAGAAUAUCAUUGUACUUGUGCACGUUCACGCUGGCCGUGUCGGGCGGCGCCGUCUUCCUGCUGCCCUUCUCCAUCAUCAGCAACGAGAUCUUGCUGUCCUUUCCCAAGAACUACUACAUCCAGUGGCUUAACGGCUCCCUCAUCCACGGUCUGUGGAAUCUGGUGUCGCUCUUUUCCAACCUUUGCCUCUUUGUCCUGAUGCCCUUCGCCUAUUUCUUCCUGGAGUCGGAGGGCUUUGCUGGAUCUAAAAAGGGUAUUAGGGCGCGCAUUCUGGAGACCUUUGUGAUGCUCUUCUUGCUGGCUCUGCUCAUCUUGGGCAUGGUGUGGGUGGCGUCGGCGCUGAUCGACAACGACGCGGCCAGUAUGGAGUCGCUCUAUGACCUGUGGGAAUUCUACUUACCCUACCUGUACUCGUGUAUUUCACUGAUGGGAGGGCUGCUUUUACUCAUGUGCACUCCGGUGGGAUUGUCCAGGAUGUUUGCCGUCAUGGGCCAGUUACUUGUCAAGCCGACGAUCCUGGAGGACCUGGAUGAGCAGAUUUACUGCAUCCAUUUGCAAGAGGAAGCCCUUCAAAGGAGAUUAAACGGGUCGUACACCCGACUGGGCUUCACUCAUCAACUCACUAAAGAACUGGACAGCAUCAGAAACAUGAAGAAUAAACUGGAGAGAAGAAAGCAAGCGUCUGGUUGGGAGAAAAACUUGCUGUAUCCUAUUGUCAUGCUGAUCCUUCUGGCAGGAACGACAAUCUCAGUUCUUCUGGUGGCGCUGAACAUCCUCUACCUUCUGGUGGACGAGACGGCCAUGCCCAAGGGUUCCACGGACCGAGGAGGCAUCGGGAACACCUCUCUGUCCACUUUUGGUGCGGUCCAGGCUGUGUUGGAGAUCAUCCUCAUGUUUUAUUUGAUGGCUUCCUCUGUGGUUGGCUUCUACAGCCUGCGCCUGUUUGAGGGCCUGACGCCCAGGAAGGAUGAUACAACCAUGACAACGAUUAUCGGAUGCUGCGUGUCCAUCCUGGUGCUGAGUUCAGCUCUGCCGGUGAUGUCCAGGACAUUAGGCAUCACCAGGUUCGAUCUGCUGGGAGAUUUCGGGAGGUUCAACUGGUUGGGGAACUUCUACAUCGUCCUGUCGUACAACAUGCUGUUUGCCGUGGUGACCACGCUGUGUCUGGUGAGGAAGUUCACCUCGGCCGUGCGGGAGGAACUCCUCAAGGCCUUAGGUCUGGAUAAAUUGCAACUGUCGCACAGCCCCACGGACCCGGAAUCGGGGAAGCUUUCGGCCAACGGCCAUCAGAAGACUCUGUGAAAGGAUUGACGGGGGGAAGGGAAGGGAAAGGGAUCGGCGGAUCAACUCCAUGAACCCGAGCGCCAUCAAAUGAAAGCGGAGAGCCGUCCCCUAACUACUUUAUGGGAGUUGGGACGCAGCCCAGAAGAGGCUGAGGAGUGAGAUGGAGAAGCCCCCCCUCCCCCCCUCCCAGGUCUCUUUGGCCAGGUUUCCACCAAGUGGUCAAGUUUAGAUCAGGUGGAUCCUAAUGCUGCACUGUCUGGGUCAAUGAAGCGGCUCCCAAAAAAUGAGCUGGCUGGCUCCAAUAUUUUGUAAACCAGGAGGUGGCAGCCAGGCUUUGAUAGCUACAAAUCACCAUGCAAAUGUGCACGACGAGCGUUACUAUUCCCUUUCUGCUCGCAAAA